AUGAGAGACGACAAGAUAGAAACUAUCAAACAUGAGAUGCAACGUUAUAACAUGGACUUGUUUGCUCUGACUGAGGUUAGAUGGCUUGACAGUGGUGACUUCAUGAGUGAUGAAUUCAGAGUGAUAUACUCUGGAGGGAAAGUAAGACAAUGUGGUGUUGCUCUUUUGCUGGACAAGCAAACAGCAAAGAAUGUAUGUAGGAUUGAGGCUGUAAGCGAUAGACUGCUAGCAGUCAGAAUAAAGGGAUCACCAGUUGACAUCGUUGUGUUGGUUGUGUACAUGCCUACUACAAGUGAUUAUGAGGACAAAGAUGUGGAGGAUAUUUACGACAUGAUCGAUGAGGAGCUGGAAAAAGGAAAAGGAAAUGACUACCAUAUUCUUCUUGGUGACUGGAAUGCUGUUGUCGGAAGCUCACACAACACGAUGACGCUGUUGGUGAGUGGGGUCUCGGCAGGCAAAACCAUAGAGGAAAUAUGCUAG